GGGGGGUGGGGUGGGGAGCGGGCUGGGCCCGGGCUGCGGCUCCCCAGCCCCGCCAGCCAGCCCCAGCGCUCCGAGGGAGAGGAGAGGUCUGGACGGGGUGGCUGGACCAGUGGCAGACUCAAAUCCAGGCCAACUGUAUGGCUGUCUGAGGUGUUGGAACAGAAGGAGGUCCAUUCCUGUUGGUGACAGCACUGUGGCCCUGUUCUGGGAUGACCGAGGUAUAAAGGCACCAGUAGCUUUGGUCACAGGAAGGAAAAGAAACUCAAUGAGCUACAGCCUCAACACUGGCUCUUCCUCCUGAGUAAGAAUCUAGGGCCCCAGCUGCCAGUGUGGAGGUAUCUGCUUGUACUCAAAAAAGGAAGCCCUCUUUCCCAGGGGCCCAUGGGACCCCGAGCUGACCAGGGGUGGCGAAAACCACUGCCCUAGAAGAAAGGUGUCGCUUCCUACCGCGCUCUGCAACUUUGGAAGGAAUUUGCAUUUACGCCCGCGGUGAUUGCUGGAGUCUCUCAUACAGCCUAACACGGAGUUUAAUUGGAAAUGUUAAUCAAUAAGAUGGAUCCCUGUCUGAUUUGCACAACCGGUCAAUUAUCUGCAGGUUGGGGCAAUCUGUGCUGCCAGGGGAUUGUGAGCAGGGGCAAAAUGGCUUAGCCACAGCUGGGUUUGCGAGCGGGAUGCAAGAUGGGGGAAAUGGACCUUGAAGACUGGAAAGAGAUGAACGGUUUCUUGGUGGGGAGUGGAAAUCACGGAAAGGCCUGGGCGCGCCUGGUCACUGAGAUGGAAUAGGAUGGUCUUGGAGUCCACCCAGGGGAGGUGGAGGCCGUGGUUUUGCCCUGGGGUGGGAAGGUGCUGGAUUUGGAGAAGGAAGUCUUUUAUGGACUAGAGGACCAGGAGCUGGGGUGGAACCAACCUUGGGAGUCAGAAGUCAGGGGUUUUGGUCUGAGUGUUUCUGUCCCUUUCUGGGCCUCAGUUUCCUUGUCUUUCAAAUGAUGAGGUUGGACUAGGUGGUUUCUAAGGUGGUGGUGACAUUUUAGGAAGUGGGUCCAUUUGUUCUUGGCAAUGAUUCCCCCCACUCCAUUUACUCCUUCUACAUCACGCUUUUUGGUAUGCUCUCCAGUUGAAAGGAAGACAGGCAACGAACACACAACCACUACACACAUUUCAUCUCUCUCAGCAGUGCAGCCUUACUUUUAUUCAUGUGAGUGGGAGCAGGAGGGGAAGAGAUGCCCGAGUGGAGAAUCUGCCCCUAUAACCAAGCUCGUGCAAAGCUCUGUGGGGGAUCUGGUACAGAUCUUACAUCGUGGGGGUGAGGGGAGCAGCUACACAUUAGUGGCCCUGACUCCCUAGCUCAGUCUCAGAACAGAAGGGCUUGGGGUGAGGGUGAAGGAAGGGCCUGGCUUAGGGUGUGCAUCCUUUCCCUAUCUUUCUCACCCCUCUCUCUCUUUCUGAGCCAGGCAGACUUUUUGGAAUUCUGCACUCUCAAGAGACUCUACCCCUAACAUUCAGCACAAUCGCGCCCUCUAGUGACCUCAAUGAGAACACCUUUGGCAGAGCUCUCCAUAUGUCCCUGGGGCCCAGCUCCGGAGCCAGUGCUUCACCCCCUGUGCAACUGUUACUCCCUGUGGAGAAGGGCUCUAGUCCUUCCAACUGGCCUGAAGGAGAAACUCAGGCGGCAGCAGCUUCCUGCAGGCCCAUUUCACACGUAGUUGGCGCUGGGAGUUGAGAGAGGGAGCCAUGCCCCUAGUGCCCAGUUUCCUUCUUUGGGCCUGAAAAGGGUUCCAGAACGUUCCCACCUAUCUUCAGUGCUGGUCCAGGCACUUGCCAUGGGAGGGCCCUGGAAGAGAGAGAGUGUUUGUCUACAGCUUCCCUGCCCCACCAAAAAGGUGGCAGCCCUAAUCCCCAGACAAGAUGCCAGCAGGAAGCUGGAACGCAGCAAGGCGUGGUGCUGGUAGGCACUUGAUGAGUGCGCAUAUCUCUAGCCCAGCCUCCAGCAGGAGGUUAGACCACAGUGUACGCACAAGGCAGCAUAGACACCCAACAAGAUGCAGAUACACAAUGUGGCAUAGACAUAGGACACAUGCUAUAGGGUAGACACAGGCACUCCAUAGCGCAGAAUGGAUACAAUGCACAUGCAGCACAGUGCAGACCCACAGCACGUGCACAAGAUGGCACUGGCAAGGUCACAUACACAGAGCGAUAUAAACACUGCACGUACGCACACACACACACGUCCUGGUACAGGCACACAAAUACAAAGUGGUGCAGGAUGCAGCUCAGAUAUAUCUGACCCCGUAUGUACUCAUGCACAGGACGCACCCCCCCCACUUCCGACACAGCAUACCCGCAGACAGGUGAGAGGAGUGUGGCCACCAGGUGGAGCUCCGUGUCCUGCUAUUUGCACGUGCACUGGCUCCAGCUGCCCAACCUGUGGGUUCCAAGCAGGCUGCCAUGGAGUUAUUAAGCGGCCGAGGGAAGGUGGAGGUAGCCCUAAGGAAAGCUCUUGAUCUUGCACAGAGACCUGUUGGUGCUUGGUUAGUACCAGUUGGUGCACUUGUCCCCUUUUCCCCCCUCUGAGUCCCUGUAGUGUUCCUCCCUACCUGGGGACGGGCAGGGGACUUUCUAUAGUCCUUCUUCUUGAGCCCUCUCCGAGUCCCACCCCUCUCUGGAGCUUUGGCAGCCCUCCCUCCCUUACCCCUACCCCACGCCCUGGCAGGAUGAGCUCAUGCAGCGGGAGAGGGGGUGGGCACACCGCUCAGCGGCGCAGUGGGUAGAAUUUGGAAAGGCUCCUCGGAGUGUGCACGUGGGAAGCUCACAGGGAAUGCCAGGGCCGCUGGGGGACAGACGUGCUCUGGAGGCUUGCCAGCAGCAACUGGCAGACCUGGGGUUUCCCCCAAGAAAAGGCAGCUGAGUCCUUGCAUCUUGUGGCAGCUGGUGUGCCUAGCACUGAGUCCAUCGGAGCUGAAGGCAGCCCGCCCCCUUCUCAUGGGCAGCACCCACCUGUGCUGAGGUCCUGCAGCGGUGGCGGUGUGAGGAGCUGUGCAGUCAGUUGUAACUGAAAAUGUCUGACAGUCUGGAUAAUGAAGAGAAACCCCCAGCUCCCCCACUGAGGAUGAACAGUAACAACCGGGACUCUUCGGCACUCAACCACAGCUCCAAACCACUUCCCAUGGCCCCUGAAGAGAAGAAUAAGAAAGCCAGGCUUCGCUCUAUCUUCCCAGGAGGAGGGGAUAAAACCAAUAAGAAGAAAGAGAAAGAACGCCCAGAGAUCUCUCUUCCUUCAGACUUUGAACAUACGAUUCAUGUGGGGUUUGAUGCAGUCACCGGGGAAUUCACUCCAGAUCUCUAUGGCUCACAGAUGUGCCCAGGGAAGCUCCCAGAGGGAAUUCCUGAGCAGUGGGCACGAUUACUCCAAACCUCCAACAUCACAAAGCUGGAGCAGAAGAAGAACCCACAGGCCGUUCUAGAUGUUCUCAAAUUCUAUGAUUCCAAAGAAACCGUCAACAACCAGAAAUACAUGAGCUUUACAUCAGGAGAUAAAAGCGCACAUGGAUACAUAGCAGCUCAUCCUUCGAGUACAAAAACAGCAUCAGAGCCUCCUUUGGCUCCUCCUGUGUCUGAAGAAGAAGAUGAAGAAGAGGAAGAAGAAGAAGAUGAGAAUGAGCCCCCACCAGUUAUUGCACCAAGACCCGAGCAUACAAAAUCAAUCUACACUCGUUCCGUGGUUGAGUCCAUUGCUUCACCAGCGGCACCAAAUAAAGAAGUCACACCACCUUCUGCUGAGAACGCCAACUCCAGUACUUUGUACAGAAACACAGAUCGGCAAAGGAAAAAAUCCAAGAUGACAGAUGAGGAGAUCCUAGAGAAGCUAAGAAGCAUUGUGAGUGUUGGUGACCCAAAGAAAAAAUACACAAGAUUUGAAAAAAUAGGUCAAGGGGCAUCAGGUACUGUUUAUACAGCGCUAGACAUUGCCACAGGACAAGAGGUGGCCAUAAAGCAGAUGAACCUUCAACAGCAGCCCAAAAAGGAAUUAAUUAUUAAUGAAAUUCUGGUCAUGAGGGAAAAUAAGAACCCCAAUAUUGUAAAUUAUUUAGAUAGCUACUUAGUGGGUGAUGAACUGUGGGUGGUCAUGGAAUACUUGGCUGGUGGCUCUUUGACAGAUGUGGUCACAGAGACCUGUAUGGAUGAAGGACAGAUAGCAGCUGUCUGCAGAGAGUGCCUCCAAGCUUUGGAUUUCUUACACUCAAACCAAGUGAUCCACAGAGACAUAAAGAGUGACAAUAUUCUCCUUGGGAUGGAUGGCUCUGUUAAAUUGACUGAUUUUGGGUUCUGCGCCCAGAUCACCCCUGAGCAAAGUAAACGAAGCACUAUGGUGGGAACUCCCUAUUGGAUGGCACCUGAGGUGGUGACUCGAAAAGCUUAUGGUCCGAAAGUUGAUAUCUGGUCUUUGGGGAUAAUGGCAAUCGAAAUGGUAGAAGGUGAACCCCCUUACCUUAAUGAAAAUCCACUCAGGGCAUUAUAUCUGAUAGCCACUAACGGAACCCCAGAGCUCCAGAAUCCUGAGAGACUGUCUGCUGUAUUCCGUGACUUUUUAAAUCGCUGUCUUGAGAUGGAUGUGGAUAGGCGAGGAUCUGCCAAGGAGCUUUUGCAGCAUCCAUUUUUAAAAUUAGCCAAGCCUCUCUCCAGCCUGACUCCUCUGAUUAUCGCUGCAAAGGAAGCGAUUAAGAACAGCAGCCGCUAGGACUGCAAGCCUUACCCCCUCCACCUCCCUCCCGAGUAAGGCUGAGGUAAAACUCCGCUGCAGGAAAGAUGGAAGAAAAGACAGUCACAUGGGGUGGGGCUUCUUUAACUUUCAAAUGAAUAGAAACUUCUUAUAAGCCUUUUUCCUACUCCCUCAGAUUAUGUAAUUUAUUUGUAAGCCUGAAUCGCAGCCCAAACAGGGCGGCAAUGUCGAAGUGGCCAUAAAGUGGUCACUUCCACCGUGAAGCGAAAGAGCCAGUAGUGAAUCCCUUCAUUUUGUGCAUUCACUUUGAAGAAAAAGAGAUUUCUCAAAGAUGCACACUCCCUCUUCAUCGUGUCGUGUUCGUUUUUAAGUUAGAGAGUAGUCCCUCUUGCAUUCGAACCUCCUUCAAAACUCCUUACCCAAUGUGAUGUUUUUCACUUGCAUUGUCAUUAGCUGUCCAGAAAAAAAAAGAUGUCAAAACGUUUUUUUAAAAAAAAGAAAGUAAAAAACAAAAACAUAACAAAAAAACAAAAACAAAAACAAAACAAACAAACAAAAAAAAACCAGAGCAAGUACUGUGUGAACAUGUGGAAGUCCAUGCCCUAACAGAGUUGAAAUUUUUUAUUCUUCUUCUAUAGUGGUGGCUUGGUUUGUGUACCUGUUUUUCUGCAUUUGUAUUGGAAAAUGUUUCUUUUAAGACAUUUUCCAAAAGCAGAGAGGAAUAUGUAUGUUCAGGAAGGGCUUUUAAAAACUGUAUAUCUAAAUAAAGUUCAAAUGGUGAAAUCUUAUCACAUUUUCAUGAUGCUGCUUAAGAGGUAGUUGAUUUAUCAUUUGUAAACCAGCUCGUUCAUCUCAUGAUACCUGAAAAAAGACACAUCAAAACUGUGGCACUCCAAUUGGGUGAGUCCAGGUCCUAAACCUAGGAAAUCCUGAUAGGAGAAACCAUACUUAAACACAGCUGGGACUUUCUCUAAGAGCCGAAAGGAAAACAAUCUAAGUGUGCAGUACUGAAAUCCUUGCUGGAUAGUAAGUAAACGAAGAUUAAGAUUCCGAAUUUAAUCCUCUCUUGUGCUUGUGGAACAUAUACACUGUGAAAUCGGCACAUCGGGAGGCAACAGACCCAUUAACUGACAUUUGCUGAUGAUAAGAAUGAUUAAUCUUGACAAUUUAUAACGUUUUAAAUAAUUUUUAAAAGAUCUGGAGAACAGAAAUAUUGUAAGCAUUCAACUCUAUAAGAAAUGGGAGGAAAACUACAUCCCGAUCAACAUUUGGCUUGAAGUAUUUGUUCCCAUUUUACCUGUGUAUCACCAAUUUCUGUCUCCAGAGGUGGUGUGAUCAUCCUUAGUUCUUUGGGCUUUUGAAUUUCAAACACGUGUGUAAAGAUUUUGAGGUUCUCCUGUGAACAGAAUUUGGGUUUGCAGUCAUAUAGCCCAACUGAAUUCCUUUUGGGACUUGGCGAAAAUCUGAAAAUUUGACUGUUAUUUCACCAUGUAUCAGUUUAUUAGGAAUUUAACAGUUGGCACUUCCUGAAUCUUCUGAGAGUAGAAAAACAUCUGGAGGGUGUCUGCAUAGAAAAGGAUAUGCUUCUCUUUCGAGUGUAUUGUCAGUUUUAUAAAUUCUGCUGAGUUGUUUCUCUAAGCCUUUGAAAAGCUAGCAGUUCGUGCAGUAGCAGGUUUCUUGAUCUAUAGUAUGUCAAGAAUCUGAAUAGAACCUAUCUACAUUCAGCAAGAGAGGGAAAGAGAUCAAUGACCUGGGCCUCUCUCCUUCUCUGCCGAGGCACAUCCAUCCAUGUCAUCAUCUAUCCAUUCCUUAAAAUGAAAGCACUUUCUUUAGAGAGUUUCUGCUAACCAUACAGUGCACAUGUUUAUGUUCAGGAAAUGACACCACUGGUGGAUUUCCUAUUUUCCUAUUGUUUUCUUUGACUAUGAAAUUUGGAUGGGGCUUAACCCUCACCCCCAGAAAAUGUCCACAGUGAGAUACAACAACAAAUGUAAAAAGAAGAUCGAACGGUAAUAUUAAUUUGAAGCAUACUAUGUUAUACGUCACAAAAAUGGCUGGGCCUGAAAUUUUUAAUGCCAUAGUGUUUUCUAUAAGAGAGAGAGAGAGAGAGGCCUUAAUUUUUAUUUCUUUUAAAAUUAAGUAUUUUUUAAAUUUUUCAUUCAUAGUGCCAGGGAAUUCAAUGAAAUGAUACCUGGGAUGCAAACAGAAUUCGGUCCAUGGGUAACUAAGCCCUGCCAGUGGAGAGAGCCCCAACCCUGGUUGGGAAGCCCUAGGUGUCCGUUAGCAUCCCUUGUAUGUCAUAAAGGCCCUUUUUUUGGUAGGGGGAGACCUGGAGCAGUGAUCCUUCAGAUUACUGUAAGUAGAGAAAUGGCUGCUCUUCUAUGCUUUCAAUUCAGCAUACUAACAAACGAGGGGCCCGGUACGUCUUUAUCACAUCCCGUUGUACCAAGAUUUUAUGAGACUAUAUACCCCAGUAGGCUUUACUCUUACAAACUUAUAUCUAUGUAAACUUUAAAAUGAGAACAGCUUCUAAAGACCCUUCCCCGUGUUGGAGAGUUAUGUAUAUUUCUAAUGAGUAUUAGAGAGAAGCUGUUUCUCCUGCCAAAAUGAUGCUGAAGGAUUCACAUUUGGUACACUUGACCAAGUUGGACUCCAGAUGGUUAAUAGUUUAUUCCCUUUCCCUGGAUUUUUUUAAAGCUCAUCUUGACACAGGUGAGUCUAUCCGGAUCUUUAAAAGUCGCUGGCGUGCCCUGAGAUGAUGAGGGUGCAUCGUCGAAUGUUGAUUCCAAAAUGUCCUGAGAUAGGGGUAGGGCAGUGGGAAAGUCAGGGAAGGGUGAGAAGCACAGUAGAGAUUAUUUAUUUAAGAAAGAAGAGAACAUUAAUGUUGUAGCAAGGAUCCGGUACGUUGUCAUAAUCCCGUGAGGAUUUUUGGAUGAUUAGAUCCCCUCAAAUCAGUCACCAUGUUGGGUAAUGACUUCGUUCUUGCUGAUCUUGUCUUUGUGUCAUUGUAAAUAUUUGUGUGUCCAUGUUCCAUUUUGGCUACUGGAUGGCCAAGUCCUGUAAGAAGAUUCAACUCAAGUAUUUAUUCUUUAAUUGUGUUAUUCAGAUUUCUUUCAGGCUUGUGAAUUGCAACCCAAUGUUUGAGUUUAACCACCUGAUCCCCCCAUCUUUCCCUCCCCUGUGAAGCACAUUCCAUUGCUAAAAGAAAAAGAAAUACAAAAUUGCUUCCUGUCGUCUGUAUAACUGUUUUGAUAGUUUGAGAUGUUUGUCUAUAAAGGAUAUUUCUCAGCUCAAAGAUCGUGUAAAUAAUUAUAUUCCUUUGCUCAAUGGGUUGUUUAUUUCUAAUAGGGCUGCCAGUUCUCAGAGAGAAUCUAUAAAAUCACUUUUAAAUAACAUAAGCAGAGAUUACGACUAUGUAGUAAUAAGCGUGCAUAUGGACAAAGACUGGGAACACAGAUAAUUGAAAUCAGUUGUGUUAGGGUGGUGGGAUUAUGUGAAAUUUUUUUUCUGUUCACAAUUUUCUUUGAUGUUGUUAUAAUAUUGCUUUAUAAUAAAUAAACAUCAGAAAGGGGACUAUAGAAACAUAGAAAAGACGCCGGAAGCAGACACCUUCUGGCCAGAGCCCAGAGCAUGCAGGGCACAGAUAUUUGCUAGUUACAAUUAUUCCAUAGGCUUUAUAUUUGCCUGGGUGCUGAGUUUGGCACACGCUCGGGCAUGGCACGUGCUUUCUUAGGGGACUAGUAUCUAUAAGUUAAGGCUAGGGAGAUGUUGCUAUUAGAACUCCAAACACAUCCUUCUGCUGUAAAACUGGCUGCCCCCCACUUUGGUAUGGUAUUGAGGUUUCUGUUUUGGUUACUUUAGAUUGGAGGGCUGACCUUCGAUUAGCCCCCUGGAUAACAUCUGUUUCAAGUAUCACCUUUCUGGAUCAUUUUACUAGAUUUUCAGGUUGAAUUUUAGAAGAAUAGAAGGCUAAGAUUCCCCAGCCCCAGCCACUUCCUUGGCCAACAGGAUGUAACAUCAUUCAGGUAGGAUUUUCUUUUAAUGACCAGUAGGCAAGUCCUGUUGAUUUCAGAAGUUACGACUUGCACUUAAAAGCUGGCUGUGAAAACAUUAAGACAAAUAUUUAGAACUGCCUUGGCCUGUUGGCAUUCAGGCACCGUCCUUUUAGCUUUGGCCUGAGAUGGUGGCCUCUAUGUGCUUUCUGUCUUGCCUGAUUAUAGGUUGUACGCAGUAACUACCAUCAUUUUAAAAAAGGGAGACUAGCUACCCAGAGAGAGGAAUUUCUUUCUAAGUCAUCAAAGAAAUUGUACGUGAGGGCUUUUAUAAAGGGGUAGUGGCCUCAGAUGUUCCGCAGUCUCACCGAGAGCAGACCUAAUACCCAGAGAACCCACAGCCUUUUCUUUGGCCAUUCUCAACAUACAUCUACUUUGGAGAGCCUUAGCCCUGCCAUCCCCAGUUUUGAAUCUCAUGGUCCUUUUCUGAGCUACUCACAGUUAAUAUUUGGUUAAACAAAGGCAUGGCCAGUGAUGCAAGCUUCUCCCAGUCUCUGAGCAAGAAGACUGAAAUUCAGCAUUUGUAAACUGACAGUCUAAUAGGCCUGGGAUUUGGAGUGAACUUAACACACAAUUCUGAACAUAUAUUUGCAUGUGGAUUGGGAAGGAAAUAAAUGGGACCUUGGAAAUAAUGGAAAUAUUUUUCCUAAGAAAGAAUUUUUUCAUAAGAAGUUUGUUUCUGAUAUAAUCUUUCUGUUGGUUAGCUUUCAUGUUUUUUUUUUCACUCCUUUUCUCAUCCCACAGUCCUUUAGUGACCAAAUGAAUAUAACCUAACUCCUCAUGCAUCGGGAGAGUCUGUUUAAUAUUAAACAAUGUCUAACUGAAUCUGCAAAUGCGGGAACUGAGAUAUCUCUUCCACGCGCACACUUCUGUGUUCAAGUAGACUCUAAUAACAACAGGUAGCACUUACUGCCACGUAAUGUAGUCACACUUGCAAGAUAAACUGAGAGAGGCUGGUUAGUGCCAUCAGGGUCUCCUUUGGAAGCUGCCAUCAGGUGAGUGCUAUCCCAUAAUACCAGCAAUAAGGCAAGGUACCGUGUUCACCUGAUUUAGGACCUAAGAGGAAACCAACAGCAAUUAGAGAGAAUUAGUCGGAUGCAGUGGAAGAAGUACUAGCCCGGAAGUAAGGAUACUUGGAUUCCAAUAUAGGAUCUAUCACUAACUUACUGGGUGACCUUGGGCAAGUCACUUAACUAUUUUGUGGCCAUAUCCUCAUCUAGAAAAUAAGGCUCUUGGACUGGUUCUGUAAGGCCUUUCCAAAGGCUCUAACAUUCUGUGGUACUAUAGGUUGCCUUGCAAAUUCAACCUGCUAACGUGAUGGCAAAUAUCACCUGCUUAAGCCUGGGUCUCUUAUGUUGCAGUUAAACAAUAGAACUAGGUACAAUAAUGCCAAAAAAAAAAAACCCUCAAGUACAUGAAGUUAAUAAUACUAGGGAAUGUUGAUAAAACUUGUGGCAGCCUUCCAGUUUUUUCACAGUUGUUUUGUUGUUGUUUUAACGUCCUUUUUCUGUUGAGUGUUCCCAUUUUCAUCUUCCAUACAGUCUGUAUGUAAAGUCUGGGUUUCAUUAAGCUGUGGCCAGUAUUUGCUACUAGAACAGAGAUACACUGUCACACUUGCUAGAGUAGAACUGUACUUGGGCCUCUCCGUUCCUCUGAAGCGGUGUUGGGCUUUCUAGAGUUUACUUCUUAAAUGGCACAAGAUGGCAGAACCCAUGCAUUUUAAUGACUGGGACUACUGAGUGAGCCUGAGCACUUGCAGAUUGCAGAGAGAAAAAGGGAAAGGUGAUUACAUGCUAUUAGCAUUAAGGAGUGUUGACAUAUCUACUUGUUGGGAACCAAAGAUAGCAUUUCUGAUGACAACUCCCUGAGGGAUGGGCCAGUUGGAUGAGUAUGCUACUGGGAAGAGGAUAAACCGAUAGUCAGUGGACAGUCCCAAUGCCCUGCCUACAGCAAUGCCAACCAGCCUUGAGUGUGAAAUUCCGGUUCAGUGUGUGUGCUUGUGUGUGGUGUGCUUUAUGGACCCGCAUAUACUAUAGUCAUUAGUGAUGAUGACAUCUUUCAUGGAACUCUAUAACCAUUAGUGGGUUGAAUUUUAAAUCUCAGUACAUCAGCAAGGAGGAGACAGGUCACAGGGUAGUGAUGUGUACUGGGAUUAUACUCAUAAUAGCCGGACAAAACCAGUUGAGGAGGAUCUACAUUUCAUUUUUUAUCAGAAUUGUAUCUCAUUUGGCUGUGCAUUACUUUUGUUGAAAUGUGUUAUCUGUAAACCCAUGUGUAGUGAAAUUCUUCUGUAACUUUGGAUUAAAGGUAUUUAUGGUCUUUUUGUUUGUUUGAUUUUUUUCAGUAAGUUAUUUCUUUUGUGGACCUGCUGAUGGUAUGGUUCCAUCCUUCUGACCUCAGCAUUCGAUCUUUUUGAGGACUUUUGUUUCCAAUACUGUUAUUUUAAAUUGUGGUUGAAGCAAUAGAAAAUUGAAAUAUGGAUUGUGCAUGACUGUGUCUUGAGUGUAAAAAUAUUGCAGUUUGAAACUUGGACCUAAAGUAUUGCAAAUAAAAAUGACAAACAUCAA